AUGGCCGGCAAAGACGGGGACGGGCGCCCGAACUCUGCUUUCCCACGAGAGCAACUGAAUAAGGACCUGCAAAAGCUGAUUGACAAACAAGAUGACAUAUGGGACAACAUCUACGAGGGGCAAGGGCCUGACACGACUGAGACAAGCGUGCGAUAUGCCGCCUACGCCAACCGUCUGCGCACCAUCAUGCUGAGCGCGCAUCGUUAUGUCGCAUAUACCUCAGACAUCGGCGAAUCGUUUCGGCCUGUUGCCCAUCCCAUACUCGUUAGGAGCGCGUACGGCAUAUCUUGGGCGUAUAUCAUCGGUGAUGUCAGUCACGAAGGGUGGAAGGCAUACAAGAGGAAUCAGAGGUUGGCAGCCCCGAAGGGGGACGAGCACUUCGACGGAAGACAAAAAGAGCCAAUGGGCAAGAUCGAUGCUAUUCCUCCAACACAUCCCGUCCACAUACCAGCGAUCGAGGACUACAAGGCCGUUAUGGCGCAGCGUGCCGUGUUCCAGAGUAUUGCGUCUAUGGGUUUACCGGCAUUUACUAUACAUUCCAUUGUGAGAUACUCUGGGAAAGCGCUUAAGAAUGCAACGAACGCCACGGUGAGGACAUGGGGACCAAUAGGUCUCGGUCUUGCAGCAGUACCAGCCCUGCCUUAUUUGUUUGAUAAGCCUGUCGAGGAGGCUGUGGAAUGGACUUUUUAUACCGCCUUCCGAGCAAUUGGCGGGGAAAACGCCGUCGGGGUCAGACCUCAUACGGGCAGAAAGGAGGCUCUGCAAGUCGAAACGCAGAUUGCGCAAGAAAAGAAGGAUCUAUAA